AUGGCGUUGGCCGCCAGCGCCGUCUCGGCGGGCCUCUGCACCGCCGUGCCGCCCGUAUCGUACGCCGAAGCGGCCCAAAAACCGUACUUGAAACCUGUCGUGGACGUGCUGCGCGAGUAUGCGACCGCGACCUGGUACACGGACCGCGGUGGGGACGCGAUCUCGGAAUUGCUCUCAAAAUGCGCCGGCGCCACCCCUGUCAUCGUCAUCUAUGGUCUUCCGGGCAAGGACUGCGCGGGCCACUACUCGUCGAACGGCGGCAACCAGUCGCCGGCCGACUAUGCGCGCUGGAUCGACAGCCUCGUGUCCCGCGUUGGCAACACCAACGUCAUUUACAUCCUCGAGCCGGAUGCGAUUGGCAAUCUGGCCAACAACGAGUGCGCGACACAAAGAGGAUACCUCCCGAACCUCAAGGUCGCGCUCACCAAGCUCUCGUCCAAUGCAAACGCGCAGAUCUACGCCGACGUCGCGGGCUGGGCCAAUCAAGGCGCGGCGCAAGAGGUGCUGUCCAAGCUCAAGUCGGCCGGUCGCCUCAACGGCAUUGCCAUCAACACGUCCAACUACAAGGACACGGACACGCUCAAGAGCAUUUGCCAAGCGUACUCGAGUGCGACCGGUGGCCUCCACUGCGUCUUUGAUACCUCGCGCAACUACCGUGGGUCGCCUCAAAGCGAGUGGUGCAACGCCAAGUCGGGUGGCAUUGGCGCGCCGCCGGGGACACCGACCGGCAGCUCGAUUGACGACGACAUGAUCGAACGCGACUCGCGCGGCAUCGUCGUGCUCGUGGGUACCUCCCGGUACAGCGAAGCCGUGCUCUAA